AUGCUCAAGCAGUGCUGCGACGCGUGCACGGCCAGCAGCACGUGCGUCGCCUACACGCUCGCUGACAACGUCUGCUACCUCAAGUCGGGCGCCGGCAGUCGCCAGCCCAAGACCGGCGCCACGUCCGUGCUCAUGUCGGGCACGUCGCCGCCAGUGAGUACAUGCUCGGCGCCGGAGAUCAACGUCGACUACUACGGCAACGAUAUCUCCAACGUGGCGGUCUCGGGCAACCAAGCCGACCAGCUCCAAGCGUGCUGCAACGCGUGCAGCAAGACCCGGUGGUGCACGGCGUUCUCGGUGGCCAACGGCGUGUGCUACCUCAAGUCGUCGGACGCUGGGCGCAAGGCGAAGCCAGGCGUGGUCUCGGCCAAGACGACAUAUGUGACGACGACACCGACGCCUACUCCGACGCCGGCGGGCAACCGCACCUGCGGCGCACCGGUCUGGAACACCGACUACUACGGCAACGACAUCUCCAACUUCGGUACGACCGGCGACUUUGGCACCAUGCUCAAGCAGUGCUGCGACGGUUGCAAGGCCAUCGCCACGUGCAGCGCGUACACGCUCGCCAACAACGUCUGCUACCUCAAGACCGUCGCAAUCAACUCGCGGCCAGUCAACGGCGCGACGUCCGCGAUCGUGCCGCCUCUGCCGGGUACCAGCGUCCGCUACUGCAGCAACCCCGAAGUUGACUACGACUACUUUGGCAACGACAUUGCCAACUUCAAGGCGACAGGCGAUGUAAACGCAAUGAUCGGCCAGUGCUGCGAUACGUGCUUGAAGAACAGUCAGUGCAACGCGUAUGUCUUGUUUGAAGGCGUCUGCUACCUCAAGUCGGCGACGGGGAUGCGUUCAAGCAAGGUUGGCGCGAGAGCCGCGUCUGUCCCCACGGUCACAUGGUAA